AGAUCCUCAGCAGGGUCUCGAAAGCCAGCGGCGGCGGCCCCCCCCCGCGCUGUGCGCCGCCGAGGGCGUUUGGUUUGCCGGGGGGGGGGCGUGGGGGCGCGGCGAGGCGUGCCUCUUGAGUCCCACCUGUCGCCCGCUCGUCGGCGGCGGGCCAGAUGGGGCACGACUGCUCGCCCCUGCUGGGGCCGCGCGGGGACCCCCCCGAGCCGCCCGCGGUCGCGGCGGACGAGCUCUUCGCCCGGCAGGAUGGCUUCCGCAGGCGCCUUCCGCUGCGAUUCCUCCGCGGAUCAGCUCAGCAACCCCAUGCUGACGAUGGACCCCAUGGAGCCCCGGCAGGCGCAGAAGCGGCCCAGCUUCGUCGGCCCGCCGGGGGGCGGCGGGCCCGCCGGCGCAGGCGGGCCCCUGUGCGCGGCCCUGGCCUCCUCCGGCGUGCACGCAUGGCUCAUGUGCCUCCCAGCGGCGCUGCCCCUGCUGCUGCUCAGCUACUCCAGCUGCGUCUCGUACGCCCAGCUGAUCACCACCGACUCGCCGCUGAGCUCGCAGACUGUCGCCGGGAUGCACCUGCUGAGCUGCGGGCUGACAGGA